AUGGCGGACCGCAGCCUGGAGGGCAUGGCGCUGCCGCUGGAGGUGCGGGCGCGGCUGGCGGAGCUGGAGCUGGAGCUGUCGGAAGGUGACAUCACACAGAAAGGAUAUGAAAAGAAGAGGUCGAAAUUAAUUGGCGCCUACCUGCCCCAGCCUCCGACAGCGAACGGAGCUGCGGUGGCCCGGUGUAGACUACAGCACAGUGAAGGCGCCCCGAGGAGAACGCCACACUCCGGCCACAUCGGGGUGUGUGACAUCAGAGAAGCCGCUGGCAGGGAGCGGGUGGCCAGCACCGCAGGAAACCGGCCUCUGUUUUACUUUCGUUUCGGGGUGGAUCAAGCUUUGCCGCCAGAGCGCCGGGCUCCCGUUACUCCUUCCUCCUCCUCUCGCUACCACCGCCGAAGGUCCUCAGGGUCAAGAGAUGAGCGCUAUCGGUCAGACGUCCACACAGAAGCUGUUCAGGCAGCGCUUGCGAAACACAAAGAAAGGAAGAUGGCAGUGCCUAUGCCUUCCAAACGCAGGUCCUUGGUUGUGCAGACCUCGAUGGAUGCCUACACACCUCCAGAUACCUCCUCUGGUUCGGAAGACGAAGGCUCUGUGCAGGGUGACUCCCAAGGGACACCCACCUCCAGCCAGGGCAGCAUCAACAUGGAGCACUGGAUCAGCCAGGCCAUCCAUGGCUCCACCACCUCCACAACCUCUUCCUCAUCCACCCAAAGUGGAGGCAGCGGUGCCGCCCACAGGCUAGCCGAUGUCAUGGCCCAGACGCACAUAGAAAAUCACUCUGCACCUCCUGAUGUAACCACGUACACCUCAGAGCACUCAAUACAAAUAGAAAGGCCACAAGGCUCAACGACAUCACGGACUGCACCAAAGUACGGCAAUGCCGAGCUCAUGGAGACUGGCGAUGGAGUGCCCGUAAGUAGCCGGGUAUCAGCAAAAAUUCAACAGCUUGUCAAUACCCUCAAACGACCAAAACGACCACCAUUACGAGAAUUCUUUGUUGAUGACUUUGAAGAAUUGUUAGAAGUUCAACAACCAGAUCCGAACCAGCCAAAGCCGGAAGGAGCACAGAUGUUAGCUAUGCGAGGGGAGCAGCUAGGUGUGGUUACGAAUUGGCCCCCGUCUUUAGAAGCUGCAUUACAGCGAUGGGGAACCAUCUCACCAAAGGCCCCGUGCUUGACUACGAUGGACACAAAUGGGAAACCCUUGUACAUCCUCACCUACGGCAAACUCUGGACAAGAAGUAUGAAGGUUGCUUACAACAUUCUGCAUAAAUUAGGUACAAAGCAAGAACCAAUGGUGCGACCUGGAGACAGGGUGGCAUUGGUGUUCCCCAACAACGACCCUGCUGCAUCCAUGGUGGCCUUCUACGGCUGCCUGCUGGCUGAGGUCGUUCCUGUGCCCAUAGAAGUACCACUCACGAGAAAGGACGCAGGAAGCCAGCAAAUCGGCUUCUUGCUUGGCAGCUGUGGGGUUACUGUUGCCUUGACCAGCGACGCCUGCCACAAAGGACUGCCAAAGAGCCCCACAGGGGAGAUCCCGCAGUUCAAAGGUUGGCCAAAGCUAUUAUGGUUUGUCACCGAGUCAAAACAUCUCUCUAAACCUCCUCGAGACUGGUUUCCACACAUCAAAGAUGCAAAUAAUGAUACCGCAUAUAUUGAGUAUAAGACGUGCAAGGAUGGAAGUGUGCUCGGGGUGACGGUGACAAGGAUUGCACUGCUGACCCAUUGCCAGGCUCUGACACAGGCGUGUGGCUACACAGAAGCUGAAACAAUUGUGAAUGUGUUGGAUUUCAAGAAAGAUGUUGGGCUCUGGCAUGGAAUCCUCACAAGCGUCAUGAACAUGAUGCACGUGAUCAGCAUCCCAUACUCACUGAUGAAGGUGAACCCGCUCUCCUGGAUUCAGAAGGUCUGCCAGUACAAAGCAAAAGUGGCCUGUGUUAAGUCCAGGGACAUGCACUGGGCGCUGGUAGCACACAGGGAUCAAAGAGACAUCAACCUCUCCUCUCUGCGGAUGCUGAUCGUGGCCGAUGGCGCAAACCCCUGGUCUAUUUCUUCCUGCGAUGCAUUUCUCAAUGUCUUCCAAAGCAAAGGCCUGCGCCAGGAGGUCAUCUGUCCCUGCGCCAGCUCACCAGAGGCACUCACUGUGGCCAUUCGGAGGCCCACGGAUGACAGCAACCAGCCCCCCGGCCGGGGCGUCCUCUCCAUGCACGGGCUGACGUACGGGGUCAUCCGGGUGGACUCGGAAGAAAAGUUGUCAGUACUCACCGUGCAGGACGUCGGCCUGGUGAUGCCCGGAGCCAUCAUGUGCUCCGUGAAGCCGGACGGGAUCCCGCAGCUGUGCAGAACGGACGAGAUCGGGGAGCUCUGUGUGUGCGCGAUUGCUACGGGCACGUCCUACUAUGGCCUCUCGGGCAUGACCAAGAACACCUUCGAGGUAUUUCCUGUGACGAGCUCGGGGGCCCCGGUCAGCGAGUAUCCCUUCGUGAGGACAGGCCUGCUGGGCUUCGUCGGUCCCGGGGGACUCGUCUUUGUGGUGGGCAAGAUGGAUGGGCUCAUGGUGGUCAGUGGGCGCAGACACAACGCCGAUGACAUCGUAGCCACAGCCCUGGCCGUGGAGCCCAUGAAGUUUGUUUACAGGGGAAGAAUAGCUGUGUUCUCGGUGACCGUGCUGCAUGACGAGAGGAUAGUGAUCGUGGCCGAGCAGCGGCCCGACUCCACGGAGGAGGACAGCUUCCAGUGGAUGAGCCGCGUGCUCCAGGCGAUCGACAGCAUCCAUCAAGUCGGGGUUUAUUGCUUGGCCUUGGUUCCUGCAAACACCCUCCCCAAGACCCCGCUUGGUGGGAUCCAUUUGUCAGAAACAAAGCAGCUUUUCCUGGAGGGCUCGCUUCACCCCUGCAAUGUCCUGAUGUGCCCCCACACUUGUGUCACAAACCUGCCUAAACCUCGACAAAAGCAGCCAGAAAUCGGCCCUGCCUCUGUGAUGGUGGGGAACCUGGUCUCUGGGAAGAGGAUUGCACAGGCCAGUGGAAGAGACCUGGGUCAGAUAGAGGACAAUGACCAGGCCCGGAAGUUCCUGUUCCUGUCAGAGGUCCUGCAGUGGAGGGCCCAGACCACGCCCGACCACGUCCUGUACACGCUGCUCAACUGCAGGGGUACAAUAGCAAACUCGCUGACAUGUGUCCAGCUGCAUAAGCGAGCGGAGAAGAUAGCCGUGAUGCUGAUGGAGAGAGGGCGCCUGCAAGAUGGGGACCACGUAGCUCUAGUCUACCCACCAGGAAUAGACCUUAUCGCAGCAUUUUACGGUUGCCUGUACGCAGGCUGUGUGCCAAUUACCGUCCGCCCCCCACACCCACAGAACAUAGCGACGACGCUGCCCACCGUGAAGAUGAUUGUGGAGGUGAGUCGAUCGGCCUGUUUAAUGACAACACAACUGAUCUGUAAAUUGUUACGGUCCAGGGAGGCAGCUGCAGCCGUCGAUGUCAGGGCAUGGCCCCCAAUACUGGACACAGAUGAUUUGCCAAAGAAGAGGCCAGCCCAGAUCUACAAACCCUCCAACCCAGACACACUGGCUUACCUGGAUUUCAGUGUGUCCACGACUGGAAUGUUAGCUGGAGUGAAGAUGUGUCACGCAGCCACCAGUGCCUUCUGCCGAUCCAUUAAGCUACAGUGUGAGCUCUACCCCUCUAGAGAAGUGGCCAUCUGCUUGGACCCUUACUGUGGACUUGGGUUUGUCCUGUGGUGCCUCUGCAGCGUGUACUCUGGGCACCAGUCCAUCCUCAUCCCGCCUUCAGAGCUGGAAACCAACCCCGCCUUGUGGCUUCUCGCUGUCAGUCAGUACAAAGUCCGAGAUACGUUUUGCUCCUAUUCAGUGAUGGAACUCUGUACCAAGGGACUGGGCUCACAGACAGAAUCCCUCAAGGCACGAGGACUGGACCUAUCCCGCGUGCGGACGUGUGUGGUGGUGGCAGAAGAACGACCUCGAAUAGCACUGACCCAGUCCUUCUCAAAACUGUUCAAGGACCUGGGCCUCCAUCCGCGGGCGGUGAGCACCUCGUUUGGCUGUAGAGUGAACCUGGCCAUUUGCUUGCAGGGGACCUCAGGACCUGAUCCAACCACCGUCUAUGUUGACAUGCGAGCGCUGAGGCACGACAGAGUCCGCUUAGUAGAACGAGGAUCCCCACACAGCUUGCCGCUUAUGGAGUCGGGGAAAAUACUUCCGGGCGUUCGGAUCAUAAUCGCCAACCCAGAAACGAAAGGCCCGCUGGGAGACUCACACCUGGGUGAGAUCUGGGUCCACAGCGCCCACAACGCCAGCGGCUACUUCACUAUCUAUGGAGACGAGUCCCUCCAGUCCGAUCACUUCAGCUCGAGAUUAAGUUUUGGAGACACCCAGACCAUCUGGGCCCGGACAGGCUACUUGGGGUUCCUGCGGAGAACUGAGCUCACAGACGCAAAUGGAGAGCGCCACGAUGCCCUGUACGUGGUGGGAGCCCUGGACGAGGCCAUGGAGCUGCGCGGCAUGAGGUACCACCCCAUCGACAUCGAGACCUCUGUCAUCCGAGCCCACAAGAGCGUCACGGAGUGCGCCGUGUUCACCUGGACAAACUUGCUGGUGGUGGUGGUGGAGCUGGACGGGUCGGAGCAGGAGGCCCUGGACCUGGUGCCCCUGGUGACGAACGUGGUGCUGGAGGAGCACUACCUGGUGGUGGGCGUGGUGGUGGUCGUGGACAUCGGCGUCAUCCCCAUCAACUCUCGGGGGGAGAAGCAGCGCAUGCACCUGCGCGACGGGUUCCUGGCCGACCAGCUGGACCCCAUCUACGUGGCCUACAACAUGUAG